AUAUUACAUAUUUUUGAUGAAAUGCGUAUGAUGUUUGAAGUUAGAAUCGAGUGAAAUUGCACAACUUGUUAUGUUGAUUAAUGUAAUCAAGUUUAAAAGUUUUAUUACUGUAUAGACAAGAAAAGAAAGAAACACGAUAUGAAAAUUAAUUCGAGAAAGUGCAUUGUCGAGAGAUAUUUAUUAAGUGUUUUUAUACGCGAUAGACGUUUGUAAUAAAUAACAUCUUCAGCAAACUGCGAAUCCAAUUAUCAUUGUCUUGUCGUGAAAUAUCGAUACAUUAUUCGAGCCAAAUCGAGCAUCCUUUUUAAAACAUAAAUAUCUCGAUUAAACGGUUCUUGAUUAUAUCUACGAAAUGAGACGGGUAGUGUUCAGUCUCCUGUUCGCACUAUGUGGCAUUUUGAUCUCGGCGAAAGAAGAAGAAUAUCAUUGUGUCUGGUACGGUCAAUGCGGAAUAUCAGGUAUUUUUCCGCGAACUUGCGUGGCAAAAAAUAUUACCGCCCGGUCGAUCAACAAUCCAGAAGCCGAAGAUAUUCUGCAAAGAAAAUGUCCGCAUUUUUUCGAAAAUGGUGAAGAAUCACCGAAAAUAUGCUGUAAUGCCGAACAAAUCAUUACGAUGGACUCUAGCAUGGACAUGGCCGCGGGUGUUUUCAGCAGAUGCGCUACCUGCAUAAAAAAUAUGUUUCGUUUCAUCUGUGAUAUUACUUGUAGUCCCAAACAAAGUCAAUUCGUAAAUGUAACCAAGAGUGCCACAGAAGAUGGCCACGAAUAUGUUGUCGAAUCUGAGAUCCACGUGACGGAACAAUAUAUAAAUGCCACGUACGAUUCCUGCAAAAAUAUUAUUAAUCCUAGUACAGGAAGAUUGGCGAUGGACCUGGCCUGUGGCUCGCACGGGGCCAGUGGAUGUUCUCCUAAAUUGUGGUACGAGUUCAUCGGCGAUACCAAUACGAACCCUAUGACACCUUUUCAGAUGAAUUACGUUUAUGAUAUACCUGACAUAUGGGGCGAGGAUCCAUGGGACGCGGAAGCAAAAAAAUGCAGCGAACCUUACGACAAUUUUUCAAUACCCUGCAGUUGCGUUGAUUGUCCCACUGCGUGUCCUUUUACAAAAUUAGAAAUUGUUAAAGAUACUUUUAUGAUCGGUAAAUUUAAUGGUUAUGGUGUUAUAGCGGCUAUAUGUGUCGUCGUAUUCACAAUAAUAGCGAGUUUUAUAUACGGCUUAUUACUACGUAUAAAUAAAAAUCGUAAAGGUUCUUCUAAGACACCAGUGAGAAAAACUAAUCGAAAUUGUAGCCAACGUUAUCAAAAAAAUUUUGAAAUAGCUUUUGCUGCGUGGGGAAAAGCAUUCGCCAAGUAUCCUGUUGUCAUCUUGUUUACAAUCUCAUACAUCGUUCUCGGUCUGAGUUAUGGAAUUAAUUAUCUAGUGGUCACAAUUAACCCAAUAGAAAUUUGGGCGUCACCAAGUUCUAGAUCAAGAACAGAAAAGGAUUACUUCGAUAAUAAGUUCCAGCCAUUUUAUCGAACUGAACAGAUUUUUAUAAAAUCUAUUAAUCUCAAUAUAAUAAAACAUGAAACUGCGAAUGGAAUUAUAGAAUUCGGACCUGUGUUUAAUAAAGAGUUCUUAUUAGCUGUAUACGAUUUACAACAGCAAAUCCUUCAGUUAGGGCAAGAAACCGACGAAGGAUUGGAAAAAAUUUGUUACGCUCCUGUACAAAGUGAAUUCAUUGGACCGAUCACUCUCGACCUUUGUACGGUGCAAAAUGUAUGGGGAUAUUUUCAAAACAACAUUGAGUUAUUUAAUGAAACGGAGACCUCCGAUGGAUAUGAAAUUAAUUACUUAGAUCACUUGUAUAAAUGUAUGCAAAAUCCUUUUAAUCCAGAUUGUCUAGCACCGUAUAAAGGGCCAAUAAUACCUGCUAUAGCCAUCGGAGGUUAUCUAAAAGAAGGCGAAUACGAUUCCGAGAAUUAUAAUAAAGCAACAGGAUUAGUUUUAACAUUUCUAGUGAGAAAUUCGCUUAAUGAAGAGGAUCUUGUGCCAAUUAUAAAAUGGGAACAACGCUUUCUCGAUUUUAUGGCAAAAUGGGACCAAAAUGAUCGGCCAAACUUCAUGGAUGUCGCAUGGACGACGGAGAAAUCGAUACAGGACGAACUGGAUAGAACUUCGAAAGCGGAAGUGAUAACGAUGGUCAUCAGUUAUUUACUCAUGUUCGUUUAUGUCGCUCUUGCUUUAGGAAGGAUCAAACUUUCUCUUAUUGGCUGCUUCAGAGAAAGCAGAAUCGUGUUGAGCAUCGGUGGCAUCAUUUUAGUUAUAGCAUCGGUCUCUUGUUCUCUCGGAGUUUUUGGCUAUGCUGGUGUACCAACUACUCUGCUGACAAUCGAAGUAAUACCUUUCUUAAUACUGGCUGUCGGAGUUGAUAAUAUUUUCAUUUUGGUACAAAACCAUCAAAGAAUACCCCGACAUGCUGAUCAAUCAAUCUCAGAGCAUAUUGGUACAGUUAUGGCUGCGGUAGGACCCUCGAUGUUACUCACCAGUAUGUCAGAAUUUUUCUGUUUUCUCAUCGGAGCGUUUUCUUCGAUGCCUGCUGUUAAUACCUUCGCGAUGUACGCUUCAUUAUCAAUCUUAAUCAAUUUCCUCCUUCAGAUAACGGCUUUUGUCGCUUUAUUAGCUCUUGAUUCGCGAAGAGCUGAGAACAAUCGUCUGGAUGUUUUUUGCUGCAUUUCUACUAAGGAAAAUUCAGAAACUGAAGGUUAUAUAUACAAGGGUUUUGUCCAUACAAUCUUUGAGCGUAUCUACACACCGUUUCUUAUGAAGACACCGGUCCGAAUGAUUGUUCUAGUAAUUUUCGUUGCCGUUGUAACUACUCAUGUUAUAAUUGUACCGCAAGUCGAGAUCGGACUGGAUCAGAAACUUUCGAUGCCUGAAGAUUCUUAUGUUCUCAAAUAUUUUAAGUACAUGGACGAACUUUUGUCAAUGGGUCCACCAGUAUACUUUGUAUUGACAAAAGGUCUAAAUUACAGCAACACAGAAGUACAAAACGUUGUGUGUGGCAGUCAAGGAUGUAAUACAGAUUCUUUGUAUUCGCAAAUUUAUUCGGCUGCCAAACAAUCCUCCAUAUCGUAUUUGUCUAAAGCAGCUUCCUCUUGGAUAGAUGAUUACAUCGAUUGGUCAACAAUUGACCAAUGCUGUAAAUAUUUUCCAAAUAAUCAGUCGUUUUGUCCGCAUAAUUAUAAACAAGUCUGUAAAAAGUGCAAGAUUCCUGUUGACACAAAUACUUCUCGUCCGGAUGAAGAAAACUUUAGGAAGUAUAUUCCUUAUUUCAUACAAGACAUUCCAGAUGAAGAUUGUGCAAAAGCCGGAAGGGCUGCUUAUUUCGAUGCAAUAACAUUUGACUAUGACGAAUUUAAUUUGACCAACGUGGGCGAUACGUAUUUUAUGGGUUAUCAUACACCUCUAAAAAAAUCGUCUGAUUGGUACGAAUCGUUGCGUGCUGCUAGAGCAAUAUCUGAAAAUAUUACAAAUAUGAUUAAUGAUGCCAACAUAUCCAAAGUGGAAAAAGUUAAGGUGUUUCCAUACAGUGUUUUCUAUGUAUUCUACGAACAAUACUUAACAAUAUGGUCGGAAACACUGUUAUCAAUAGGUCUGUCUCUCGUUGUGAUCUUUGUAGUAACGUUUUUCCUCACUGGAUUAUCAUUUUUCUCUGCUGUAAUUGUUUUUCUUACCGUAUUGAUGACAAUAGUUAAUAUAGGAGGAUUGAUGUAUUGGUGGAACAUCACUUUGAAUGCAGUAUCUCUCGUAAAUUUAGUUAUGGCGUCUGGUAUUUCUGUCGAAUUUUGCAGUCAUAUAGUGCACUCUUAUGUUACUUCUACAGCCAUUACGAAGAUUGGUAAAGCAUCGGAGGCACUUUCUGUUAUGGGAAGUUCUGUAUUCUCAGGAAUCACUUUAACUAAAUUUGUCGGAAUUACGGUCUUGGCGUUUGCAAAAUCGCAGAUUUUCCGUGUUUUUUACUUCAGAAUGUAUCUAGGAAUUGUUUUAUUUGGCGCAGCACAUGGCUUAAUAUUUUUACCUGUAUUGCUAAGUUUUGUUGGACCUCUGAGAAAGUACAGUACAUAGAAAUGGAAAUGCCACUUCAAGAUUAAUUCGUCUAUGGAUUAUCUAAAUAUCAUCAUUAACAUAAAAAAUUAAUGAACAUGAAUUAUAUUAUUAAUGAUAUUAUUAAACUGAAUAUGUGGUUCUUUGUGUAUUAAUUAAUGUAUUAUACUGUAUGUGAUCAUGAUCAAUGUGUGUGAAUCAAAACAUAAUUUUCCA